AAAAACAAACAUGUUUGCCAUCUCAUACUCCCCCACACAACUGUCUACCUCUACUCGUCUGCUCUCUCUCUCUCUCUGUAGAAGCAAUAUUUUCUGGGUUUCUGUUUUAAGGUAGUACAAAAUUGCAGGUGUAGGUGUUUCAAUGCAUGUUUCGUUGUUCGUAAAAAUCCAAUCUCGGAAGUUUUUAUGGAUCUCCAGAUGUAGUUAGUUGCUUCAAGGAAAAAAACUUUGUUGCUAGUUAUAUAUAUAGAUAUGAUGGUGAAGGCGGAUUCUCGGAGCGAUUCCUUAUUCAUAAACAAGGUUUUCGAAAGAGUUGGGGUGUACGGAUUUGGCAGCAAUCCCAAAAGGUGCAAAUACGAUGAUGAUGAUGAUGAUGGACACAUGGAACUCGAGCAGAUUGGCGCUGAGAGGACCAAGAAUGUCCUCAUUCUCAUGAGCGACACCGGCGGCGGCCACCGCGCCUCCGCCGAGGCCAUCAGGGAGGCCUUCCACCUCCAAUACGGCGAUCAAUACAAGGUAUAUGUAAAAGAUGUGUGGAAGGAGUAUACUGGUUGGCCAUUGAAUGAUAUGGAGGGGCAGUACAAGUUCAUGGUUAAACAUGUCCAGCUUUGGAACUUCACCUUCCAUGGAACUUCCCCAAGAUGGAUACACUCUACCUAUCUUGCAGCUAUUGCCGCCUUCUAUGCCAAGGAGGUAGAGGCGGGCCUAAUGGAGUACAGACCCGAUAUCAUCAUAAGCGUUCAUCCGCUCAUGCAGCACAUCCCGCUGCGGGUGCUCAAAUGGCAGGGCCUGCAGAAAAAGGUCGUCUUUGUAACUGUCAUUACCGACCUCAGCACCUGCCACCGUACAUGGUUUCAUCCAUCAGUGAAUCGAUUGUACUGCCCCUCAGAGGCUGUAGCAAAGAGGGCUUUGCUAGAUGGCCUAGACGAAUCUCAAACUCGUGUAUACGGCUUGCCCAUCCGCCCUUCCUUCUGCAGAGCAAUUCUGUCAAAGGUAGAUGAUUUGAGAGUCGAGCUUGAGAUGGAUCCGCUGCUUCCAGCCGUCUUGUUGAUGGGAGGAGGAGAGGGGAUGGGCCCUGUGAAGAAAACGGCAAAGGCUCUUGGAGAGUCACUGUUUGAUAAAGAACGCGAGAGGCCAAUAGGGCAGCUCGUGAUCAUCUGUGGCCGCAAUCAAGAUCUAGUCGCCACAUUACAGUCCUCCCAGUGGAAAAUCCCAGUAAACGUUAGAGGAUUUGAGAAGCAGAUGCAGAAAUGGAUGGGUGCUUGUGACUGCAUUAUCACUAAAGCCGGACCAGGCACCAUUGCAGAGGCGUUGAUACGAGGACUUCCCAUCGUUCUAAACGACUACAUUCCCGGACAGGAGAAAGGGAACGUUCCGUACGUAGUUGACAAUGGGGCAGGCGUGUUCACUAGGAAGCCCAAGGAAACAGCGAGGAUCGUGGCAGAAUGGUUCAGCACAAAGAGAGACGAGCUCGAGAGAAUGUCUGAGAAUGCUCUGAGACUUGCCCAGCCAAAUGCAGUGUUCGACAUCGUUAGGGACAUCCAUGAGCUGGCUUGCCAGCGCGGCCCCAUGGCGAACGUCCCGUACAUGCUAACGUCGUCGUUCUCAAGCUUGGUAUAAGUGUGCAAGGUGUACAUUUAGGUGUAUUCUUUACAAUUAAGAGAGAGAAAGAAUGUUAGAUGGGAUUGAAAUUUUGGUUUGGUGUUGUAUUCUUUAAGGUUAGUUUUGAUAUCUAGGAGAGUACGAUUCAAUUUGUUAGAAGUUUUAGUUUUGGCUUCUCUUGGUGUGAAUGGUAGUUGAUGUAAAGUGAAGAAAUUUGAAAAAUAUGUGCUUCGAAAGUUUCAAUAUCAAAAUUUAUUAUUGCCAA